ACGACAAGCUGAAGAUCCACAUGCGCAAACACACGGGCGAACGGCCCUAUUCGUGCCAGCACUGCAGCGCCCGCUUCCUGCACAGCUACGACCUGAAGAACCACAUGCACCUGCACACGGGCGCCCGGCCCUACGAGUGCUACCUCUGCCACAAAGCCUUCGCCAAGGACGACCACCUGCAGCGGCACCUCAAGGGCCAGAACUGCCUGGAGGUUCGCACCCGACGCCGGCGCCGCGAAGACCCCCCUCCUCCGCCGCCCCCCGACGCUCCGCCCGGCAUCGACCUCUCCAAUGGGCGCUUGGAGGGGCUGCGCCUCUCCCUGGCUCGUUAUUGGGGGCCGGCGCAGAUUAAGGAGGAGGAGGAGGAGCCGGAGAUGGAGAUGGAGCCUGAGGCUGAAGAGGGGCCGCAGCCGGACGGCAUGGUGCCCGUGGAGAUGGUGUAGAGCGGCCGGCCCGAUGGAGCCCAGCGCAGCCCCGGCCGUUCCGUGCGGUACCGGAAAGGAGCGAACCGUCCCGAACCGGGCGUUGCCCUCUGGGCCGGGGAGGAGCGGAUCGGUUCCUCCCGUUGUCCCGGAGCUGCGCUGCCCGCUUCGCCCCGCCGCGCUCCGUUCCUGUUUUUCCCGUCACGGUUUGUUCUGAAUUAUGCAAAGGGGGAAAUUCCCCCCCCUGGCGGAUUU